AUGUACGGAAUACAUCGCAGUGGACACUUAGCCUUAGAACUCCCGUAUCUACGGCCGAGCAUUCACGCGAGAAGGGCGAAUAUCAUCGUAAAAUUUCAAGACAUUUAUGGGUUUAUAGUAGAAGCGGCUCAAUCCUCAUCAGCCCUUAAGUCUUCCCUUAGAUUUUCAGCUUUAGUUAAUACAAUUACCCUCAAGAAGCUUGUUAGGAAAGGGAUUCCUCCGGUUCUAAGGCCUAAGGUCUGGUUUGCUCUAUCUGGGGCGGCCAAGAAGAAAUCUACGGUUCCUGAGAGCUAUUAUGAGGAUUUGACUGAGGCUGUUGAGGGAAAGGUCACGCCUGCCACGCGGCAGAUCGAUCAUGAUUUACCAAGAACAUUUCCUGGUCACCCAUGGUUGGAUACUCCGGAGGGUCACGCUGCUCUCAGACGUGUUCUUGUGGCGUAUUCUUUCCGUGAUUGCGAAGUUGGUUAUUGCCAGGGUUUAAAUUAUGUUGCAGCAUUGUUACUGCUUGUGAUGAAAACUGAAGAAGAUGCUUUUUGGAUGCUAGCUAUACUUUUGGAAAAUGUUCUAGUUAACGAUUGCUACACAAAUAACUUAUCAGGAUGUCAUGUCGAGCAAAGGGUAUGCAAAGAUCUUCUGCUUAAGAAAUGCCCAAGGAUAGCUGCACACUUGGAAGCUCUGGAUUGUGACGUCUCCCUUAUUACCACUGAGUGGUUCCUAUGCCUCUUCUCCAAGAGCCUACCUUCAGAGACUACUUUGAGGGUGUGGGAUGUACUUUUCUAUGAGGGAGCAACGGUUUUAUUUCAUGUAGCUUUGGCCAUUUUCAAGAUGAAGGAAGAAGAGUUGCUCAUGGCUCAUCAGGUUGGGGAUGUAAUUAAUAUUAUACAGAGAACCACUCAUCAACUUUUUGACCCUGACGAGCUACUGAUGGUAUCAUAA